GUCAACGAUGCAUGUUCGCCAGCGCUGAACUCAAAGGUUUACGUCUAAAAGUUGGGGAGGAUAAACUUACUUUGUUCAUUGCGCUCAAGAGUUUGAGCGCUUGAGCUGGCCCUAAACAAGUUCUGACAGAUCCAUAUUUACCAGGAAAAGCAAGACGAUCAAGUUCCGUUUGCCCUCGCACGUGGCUGGCGAUUACGCACCACAGCGCGUUUGAAGCAACCGCGACAAUCUCCACAUUUACGUUUUCCACUAGACCCAAUUGAACGGGGACGUACGGGCGAAAGAGUCUACAUUAAACUGCACCCAGACUCAAAACGAAAACGAACAAAACAGCUCACAAAGGGAGCAGACAUGUCGAAAACAGCCGACCCUUAUUAUCCCCUCGAUAGCCCACUAUCAUCCAGUCCUAGUGGUAUGCGUCGUGGUACUCUGAAGCUUCAAGAAAAGCUUCUUCUGAGCCCGCAACCACGAACGGAGAGUUUACCACGGCUUACUUCCAUUAGCGACUUCCUAUCUCCACAUCACUCAACAGUACAUCCUCCCUUGGAGGACCUCAAUGCCCUGGAUGAAUACAUUCAAGAAGAACCAAGCAAUCUCGUACAGAUAAUACCCGCUCUAACGCAUUUUCUUGAGCAGUAUUGUUUGGAUAAACCAGAGACCUGCGGGGAAUUGUGGAGGGGCAAGCUGAAACCUCUUUUGAUGGAGUUGCAAGCAAACGACCAACCAGUUGAACGUCCGCGUCCUCCUUCUCCUGUAUGUGAACGUAAACCGGAGAAAUGGGUCAAUGUGCAUGGCGAGGAAUGGGAAGACGACUAUGCUUGGCUUAAGGAUCGCGAAAAUCCCGAUGUUCUGAAAUACAUCGAAGACGAGAAUGAGUAUGCUUCAAAGAUGCUAGAGGACACAAAGCCUUUACAGAAACUUCUAUACAAGGAGUUUGUGUCCAGAAUUGAUGAAAGUGAGCAGUCCGCCACGGUCACGCUACAGGACGGAUGGACGUACUAUACCAGGAAGGUGGCCGGUCAAGAAUAUCGUCUCCAUUGCCGAAGCAAAGAUGGAAAAGAAGACGUUUACUUGGACGAAAACGUCAUCGCAAACUCUAAAGAGUUCGAAGACGCUUCGUACUUUCGUGUAGGAUUCCUAAAGCACUCUCCCAAUUGUAAACUUAUUGCGUACGGCAUUGAUUCCAGUGGAAACGAGCGCUAUACAACAUAUUUCAUGGACAUGGACAAGAAACAAGUUCUAGAUGAUCGGAUUGAAGGGGUAUACGAGGAUUUGGAAUUUGCGUGUGACAACAGCGUAUUUUACACUGUUCUGGACGAUUUCGAGCGAGCAUAUGAACUUAGACGACAUAAACUUGGGACGGAUGUUACCACCGAUGAGUUUCUCUACCACGAAGAAGACGAGAUGUUUUUCUUAUCUUUGACAAAAACCUGCAACGGAAAAUAUAUCCUCCUCAAUUCAUCUGCGCAAAUUACAUCUGAAACUAGAUUCAUAUCGACCGAAAAGCCAGACGAUCCACCAUCCCUCCUGUUCCCACGUCGCGAAAAUAUCCAAUACACAUGCGAAAACCACGGCCGGUAUUUCUACAUCCUAACGAAUGAGGACUCAAAAAACAACUGGCUCUUCCGAAUGCCUAUUCCUUCAACGCCUUCUAAAUCACCAUCAACAUAUGAAGAGCUCGUGGAACUCCGGGAAACUGUCAUUGAACAUCGUGAUUUUGUUCUCAUUGAACACUUUGAAGUGCGACGUAACCAUUUAAUCGUCUUUGAGCGAUCGAAUUGUCUUCAAAAUGUCCGUAUUGUGGAUUUAUCGUACGACGGCUUCAAUACCUACCAUUAUAUCAGCUUUGGGGAGAUGGUAUACUCUUUGUGGCCUGGUACUGUUCGGGAGGAAGAACGAGCUCUAGCAAAGACGUCGCAGUUUGAUACGAAUGUCCUUCGCUUCACAUAUACUUCUUUCAUUCAACCAAAGCAAGUGGUAGACUACAACAUGGACGACCGAACCAUGACAGUGGUUUACGAGGAACAUAUCGGCGGUUACGAGCAAACCAUGUACACUUCACGUCGUCUCUUUGCAACUGGUGUUGAUGGCACUGCCGUCCCAAUCUCCAUUGUAUAUCGCCGGGAUCUCCUUGGGCUUAACCAGACUCCAUCACAGCCGAAUCCCUGUCUUCUUCACGCGUACGGUGCUUACGGUGCCUUUGUCAAUCCAAUCUUUUCGGCAUCGCGUCUCUCGUUACUGGAUCGUGGGUUUAUUUAUGCUGCAGCGCAUGUCCGUGGAGGUGCAGACAUGGGCAAUGGAUGGUACGAAGAAGGGAAGCUCACCAAAAAGCCAAACACGUUCCUAGAUUUCUGUUCUGCAGCAGAAUAUCUCUGUAAAGAAGGCUAUACCACUCCUUCUAAACUUUCCAUAUACGGCCGCUCUGCAGGCGGACUUCUCAUCGGCGCGGCGAUCAACAUCCGGCCAGACCUUUUUGCAGCGGCACUCACGGAAGUCCCCUUUGUUGAUGUCAUCAACACCAUGUUUGAUGCAACGAUACCAUGGACAGCCUUCGAAUAUGAAGAAUGGGGUAACCCCAACGAUCGUGAAAUUUACGAUGUGAUGAAGACUUACUGUCCAUACACCAACAUCCGAGGCCUAGCCCUAGCCAGAAACGCAUACCCACAUCUCCUAGUCGUGGGCGGUAUGAAUGACCCAAGGGUAGCCUUCUUUGAACCACUGAAAUUCGUUGCCAAAAUGCGUGGGGAAAGGCGUAGAUACCUAUCCAAACCAGUCCGUUCUUCCCCUCUCGCGCAAGAUGACUCUGGAACAGACACACCCACAGGCAGCGGUCUCCGCAAAGCACCCACCCUUGCCACAAUGGCAGGAGGCACACCAAAUGACACACUCCUUCCUUCACAUCCAACUCCGCGCUCCCUUCUCCUCCGCAUAGAAGAUGCAGGCCAUGGCGGUUCAUCAGGACAAUACUCUUUUCUCGAAAACCUAGCGUUCGAGUAUGCAUUCCUUAUCACAUCCCUCAAUGCCGAUACAGCAACGUCUGCUUCAAUACCAUCACCAAUUCGACAUGACUUUGACGAAGGUGUGCAAGACGGUACAAUCAAACCAAAGAAAACCAAGAAGAGAGGAAAAGAGGAUGUAGAGGAAAAAGAAUACAGGCGGAAGGCCAAGGGCGAUAGAGGGCCUAGCAAUAUUUUCCAGUGGGUGUCAAACCUAUUUUAAAUCAUGUCACUUUGCACAGAAUAUGACGAGAUAUACAAAUGCAUAAUUGUCCUGGCCAUAUACUAAUUGAUAAAGAAACUAGUUAUUAAAUAGCUUUAGCCUCCAAAAGAUUAAAUUAUGGCAGGCCAGGAAGCGUAACGACUGGGCACAUGCAAGGUCAAAAUCAAAGACAAUGUUCAAUGCCCAAAGCAAGUUUAAUUCCAUCUGUACAAAUAUAACAACGAGAAAAUCC